ACAACAUUUUAGUAUGGCUCGGUUAUUUGAUCGGUGCGACAAAAAAAUUAAAGAAGAAAUCGCGAGAAAAUUUUUAGGAAAACGCUGGCAAAAAAAAUUGUAUGGUUAAUACGACAACCGACACGUUUUCAUUAAAUAAUUCGUUUCGAGUAACUAUUGCGAAACAUUAUUGCAUUUAUUCCAAAUACAAUUCAAGUGAAAACUCGUUUCUGGGAAACAUAGAAAUUAGUGAAAACACAAGAGCACACAUACAAACUCGUGAGAAUUAAAGAAGAAAUCGCGAAAAAAAAAAGUUACCAAGAAACGCUGGCAGAAGUUGUAUGGGCAAUUGAAUCGAAUUAGAACAAAACAAACAUCAGAAAAAGUGAAAAGUUUUUAUUGUUGUGAACGCGCGGUUGCCGACAGAACCCCAAAAAACAAGAACUCGAAAAGGUUGUUCUCCAAGCCAAUAAAAAACAUACGGGAAGCUAACAAUCGUCGUCAUCCCAUCCAUCAACAAGCAAUCUUGCAUUGACUUGCAAUUGCGUGCGAUUGGUGUUAUUGUUCAGCUGCUGCUGCCCGUCGUUGCAGAUAUUCACACUCCCCCUCCAACUGCAUCCCCCAAAAAAAGAAAACAUCGGUUGAUAGGCAGGCGGGCAACGACAACAACAAUUAAAAAUGGCCGCGGUUAACGAUUGCUUCAGUAUUGGGUCGACGGUGAAUUGCACGACCUGCUUCAAUGAGGAAUUCGAGGGAGAAGUUCUAGCAUUUGACCAUAACACAAAAAUGCUAAUCUUAAAAUCAGAAUGCCGAUCUAAAAAUUCGGAACAAUUAAAUGAUGUCCAUGUGUUGAAUCUUUCGUUAUGCAGCAAUGUUCAAGUGGUCAAGGAAUGCAAUGGCAACUUUGUCGAAGAUCCUCAGAAAUUAAAUUUGGAACAAGUGAAAAUAAGGCUACGCAAAACAGUACAACAUCGUCAAACGUAUCUCAAGUCGAAAAAUGCUGAUGUAAGCCCGGAGGCACAAGAACUAUACAGAGUGAUUGCUAAGCAAUUCAAGUCUAAUGAAGUAUCUUGGCAGGGUUUAAAUAUUCAAAUAUUCAAAGAAGUUACCAUCAAGCCGCCAUAUAGGGCAGAGAAUGUGAUUUGCACAUCAAGCAAUAAGAACUUAUGCAACUAUAUUAAGAAAAUGAUUGAAAACUUCGUUAUUAACAGAGCUGCACAGGAGAAUGCAUCAGUAAUGGGUACUUCGUCAGCGUCUUCGCCUACAUCAUCAUCAUUGUCAUCAAGUAAUGCGGCAUCGGGAUCUCCAGUGCCUGCUAAUUCAUAAUAAUUAUAUGUUUUGAAAACAAAAAAACACCAAGAACAACAAUAAAAAAAAACAAAAACAACAAAAAAUAAAA